AUGAAGGGUCAGCCCGUGGUGCUGAAGGUUGCAGCCGGCAAGCACGGCGAUUUUCAGAUUAGUACCAAGGUCGUGAACAUCCUCAGGUUCACCGCGUCCUCACACCCGGAUGCGGGCUUGGCGCCCUUCGACGCUCUGGUGGUGAAGCCCGGCAUGUCGACGCUGAUGGCUGGUCCAGAGUCGAUGAUGGAGGCCGAGGUGACGGUGUCUCACGGUCUGCGGGAUGCCCGCAAGUGGUUGGUUUCCAAUGGCAAGCUGAUCAUCACCGGCCCAAUUUUUGAAAUCUCCUGCGUCAGGGCAGCGGAGUGA